AUGACCCUGAGCCACAGCGGGGACCCGCAGGCCGUGAACAUGGCGCUGGACUUGGCCCCAGACGUCUUUGUCAUGCGGGUGCUGCUGGAGGAGACUGGGGAGAUGUUCACAGUGACAGACUGCCAUGGCGACAUGACGGUGCAGGAGCUCAAGGAGCAGCUGGACCUGGCAGCCGGCAUCCCCUUGAACCUCCAGCUGCUCCAGUACCUGGACCAAGGAAUUUUGAUGGAUGACACUACCCUGAGGUUUCACGAUGUCGUCCCUGGCGGAAUUAUUUCAUUACAUGUCUGGCGUUAUGAUGGAUGGACGGACCUGGUUCAGGCGGCUGUGGAAGGGGAUAUCAGUAAGCUGUCUUGCCUUGGAGUGAGUGAGGAUUCUCCGUACCGACCCCCAACUUUGCACUACCUGGGAGAGAAGCAGUGGAAGAAGUGGAUAGCUCAGAGGGCCUUCGUGGCCUUGUACAUUGCCUCGCACAGAGGCCACGUGGAAGCGGUGCAGUAUCUUCUAGAAAAAGGAGCCAGCUGUCUGAGCCGCUCCCCCAUGGGCAGGACACCCCUGCACGUGGCUGCGUUCAUGGGCCAUUCGGAAUGUAUAGGCCUCCUGCUCCAACACGGGGCCCCCGUCUACGCCAAAGAUGCCAAGGGGAUGACCCCCAAGGACAUCGCCCACCAGCUGAACCGCAGGCAGGAUGAGCAGCAAAUGUUCCUGUCCACCCAGCUGCCCAAGCCAGGGGCGAAGGGCCCGAAGACCUGAGCCAGGCUCGUCAGGGAGGCGAGUCUGGGUCUGGCCCCAAGGAGAAGAACACGGCGGAGCUCCCACGGGAUGUUUUCUGGGCAAAGCUGAGCUGGGCCACGUUUGCAGAGCUCGGGUCCACGGCGACCCUUGGUGAGCAGGAAGGCAGGAAAACAUGGCAAUUAAUCUGAAUCAGAUAGUAAAUUAUCUGUCCUGGUUGCAGAUGACCUGCGGAAGGAGUGAUAGAAAUAGGUGAGCUGUGUUCAUUUUGUAACCCAUUACGGCCCUAAUAGGCUCCAUGCCAGCCUUUAAUUUUAGGCUGUUUGUACGCGGUGCCUGAUAACGCCACUCAGGGUGAUGAGGGCCAAUUACCUUGUCCCGCGUCCGGAGGCUGUCUAAUGCACCGGUGGCCGGAGUCCCAACAAUCAGCAGAGCAGCUCAGCUGUUAGGCUACAAACGCGUGUUGGCAAAUGCCGGCAGGCCCUGUGCAGUGAGCUUCAGUUUGUAAAGCUCACAGAACCGAAGGCUCCCACAGCUAGUAAUGUUCCAGAAGU